GUCGACGUCGACGAGGCCGACGCCGACGUCGACGCCGGCGACGAGGGCGACGAGGGCGACGCCGACGCGCGGCGGCGCCGCGAGGCGCCCGGGCUGCCGCGGGCGGGCCCCGGCGGCCUGCCCCCGCUCGGCGCCUCGGCAAUGGCCGCCGCGCCAGCGGCCCGCGGCGGCGGCGGGGUCGCCGACCUAGGCGUUUUGGACGGGCGAUUAUUGCUCUUCGGCGGGGUGUACUCCAAUUUGCAGGCGCUGGAGGCUCUCGUGGCAGUCUGUCGGGACGAGCUCCGCAUCCCGCCCGAGCGGGUCAUCCACACGGGCGACGUCGUCGCCUACUGCGCCCAGCCGCGGGAGGCAACGGAGCUGCUCAUGUCCACGGGCUACCACUGCCUGGCGGGCAACUGCGAGGAGAGCGUCAGCGCCGGCAGCCACGACUGCGGGUGCGGCUUCCCCGAGGACCUCGACAGCAAGUGCGCCGAGUACAGCAGGAACUGGUACGCCCACGUGAGCAGGGAGCUGAAGAACCACCCCGAGCUCGUGGAGUGGAUGGGCUCGCUGCCGAAGCGCAUCGACUUCGAGAUCGGGGGGCGGCGUUUCGCGGUCUGCCACGGCAGCCCGCGCAAUGUCAGCGAGUUCCUGUGGCCCUCCACGCCCGACGAGGAGCUCCGGGCCUGCCUGGAGCCCUGGGCUGGCCUAGGC